UUGCGAACGGUCGCUCGUUUAUCGCUCAUUUCUUGGUCUGAUAAGAUUAGAAUAGUCAUAUGGAGCGCAGAGCGCCAUCUUAAAUGCGUCUUGUGCAAGGUUUUUGUAAAUAAUAUAAUUUUAAGAAACAUUAUGUGUUCAUUUUAAACGGAAGUGAUAAUGUUGUGGUGUUUUUAUAUGGUGUUAUCGUGAAAUGAGAGAUAUCCGUUCAGUGGUAGUCAUGCAUAACCCAAGGCCGUUGGAGCUACCAGCAAGGCCUGUGGAACCUCAUCGGAGCAGAUCGUCAUCUUGGUCUUGGCGAAGAACCAAUAACUUACCUCGACCGGAACCCCGACUAUCGUUACAGUGUCAGACUGAUGAGAAUAGCUACCUGCUUCGGUUGAAAAUAGUGGGGGCUUAUUCGUUAGCAAAGAAGGAUAUAUUUGGUGCUAGUGAUCCAUAUGUCCGCGUGGAACUGCAGAAGGUGGACGGUGACGUCACGAUUGAAACAUUUCUCACGAAAACUAAGAAAAAGACUCUAAAUCCAGUAUGGAAUCAGGAGUUUAUAUUCAGGGUGAAGCCGCAGGAGCAGAAGCUGCUGAUCCAGGUGUUCGACGAGAACCGGCUGACGCGCGACGACUUCCUGGGCAUGGUGGAGGUGUCGCUGGCGGGCGCGGGCGCCGAGAGCGCGGCGGCCGGCCGCGCGCCGCCCGUCAAGUACGCGCUGCGCCCGCGCAGGUCCGUUGCCCGUUCCCGGGUGCGCGGGUACAUCGAGGUUUACCACGCGCUGAUCGGGAGAGUGGGCGACCCUGGCACAGAGGAGGCCCCGAACCCGGCGCCUGAUGAUUGGGAAUUGGUGGAACCGGCGCCUCAAGUUGGAAACGUUCAGCCGCCUGGAACUACUAGUAUGGACGGAGAAAGCUCUGCGAUGACUAGCAUGGAUGAGGAUUCAGUGAUUGGCGGCGACCCCCUGCCUCUCGGCUGGGAGGAGAGACAGGAUGCGAACGGAAGGACGUAUUACGUGAACCACAUAGCGAGGUCCACGCAAUGGGGACGGCCGACGUUUACGCGCAACAUGAGCACGGAGUCGCAGGCGGAGCGCAUGGAGACGGCCGUGACGGAGUUCCAGCGGCGCUUCCACAUCUCCGCCGACGACGGCCACGCCGCGCCCGCGCCCGCGCCGCUGCAGGAGGAUGUGAGUGAAAGGCGAGCCGAAAACUCAACCGAAAAUACUCCAUUUUCGACGCCAAUCCUCUCGCCAGAGCUGAGGGAGCAAGUUUCUACGGAAACAUCGACAAAUAUAAGCAAUGACUGUGAUACUAAUGUAAGACAAAAUUUAAACGAAGAAGACGAUGUAGUAUGUGGUAAUGAGAAUGUUGCCCAUACAGCUGAAGCAGACAAUAAUCAAACUGAGGACACUGCUGAAAAUGCUCAAGAAAUUAGCGAUAAUCAAAAUGCUAGUCAAGAAACAGUUGAAUCGGAUGUGAACGCAGUCGACACUGAGUUACAAUCAGGAAUCGAAUCACUAUUGAAUGAUACAGAAUCCAACGGAGACGUUGUUGACGACGACACAAGGACGGAGAUAGAGGAAAUAACAUUCGGUCGAGAGAGAACCCUAACCGAAGAAACGGGCGAUGGGUCAGGAGAAUCGUUGACGUUUGAUGAAAAUCACUUUAGUACGCCUACAGGAGGUGUAACUCCCGAAAGGAGGGCGUCGACCUCUAGAAGGAGAAGGACGACGACAAGUUCAUUGGAUGACUCGGAGGAUGAAACGGACGGGUCCACGGACAGCACGAGGAGCAGCAGCUCAAGUAGCAGUCAGAGUCAGAAUUUACCAAACAGCGACGGUUUGCCGUCCGGCUGGAGCAUGCAGCGCGCUCCGAAUGGAAGGAUAUUCUUCAUAGACCACAACCAGAAGACUACCACUUGGAUCGAUCCCAGAACAGGCUGCGCGUCCAGCCUGCCGAGCGCGGCGGCGGCGGGCGCGGACGCGGACGAGCUGGGCGCGCUGCCCGAGGGCUGGGAGGAGCGCGUGCACACCGACGGCCGGAUCUUCUUCAUCGACCACAACACGCGCACGACGCAGUGGGAGGACCCGCGGCUGUCCAACCCGCAGAUCGCGGGCCCGGCCGUGCCCUACUCGCGGGACUACAAGCGCAAAUACGAGUACCUCAAGAGCCAGCUGCGCAAACCCAGCAACGUUCCCAACAAGUUCGAAAUCAAAGUGCGCAGAAGUUCGAUCCUGGAGGAUUCGUACCGCAUUAUCAGCUCUGUCAGUCGGCUGGAUCUGCUCAAGACCAAGUUGUGGGUGGAGUUCGAGUCGGAAGUGGGGCUUGAUUACGGUGGCUUAGCUCGGGAAUGGUUCUUCCUGCUCUCCAAGGAGAUGUUCAACCCCUACUACGGUCUGUUCGAGUAUUCGGCGAUGGACAACUACACCCUACAAAUAAACCCCAACAGCGGCGUCUGUAACGAGGAGCACCUGAACUAUUUCAAGUUCAUCGGCAGAGUCGCCGGCAUGGCCGUGUAUCAUGGGAAGUUGCUUGAUGCGUUCUUCAUCCGUCCAUUCUACAAGAUGAUGCUCGGCAAGCCCAUUGAGCUCCAGGAUAUGGAAUCCGUCGACCUCGAAUACUACAACUCGCUCAUGUGGAUCAAGGAAAAUGACCCGUCGGAACUGUAUCUGACGUUCUCAGUAGACGAAGAACAGUUCGGGAAGACUAUCCAGCGGGAACUGAAGCCCGGCGGAGCCAACAUCCCCAUCGACAACGAGAACAAGGACGAGUACAUCAAGCUCGUGAUCCAGUGGCGCUUCGUGAGCCGAGUCCAGGAACAAAUGUACGCGUUCCUCGAGGGUUUGGGUGCACUGGUGCCGCUGCCGCUGCUGAAGAUCUUCGACGAGAACGAGCUGGAGCUGCUGCUGUGCGGUAUCCAACACAUCGACGUGCGCGACUGGCGUGCCAAUACGUUGUACAAGGGAGACUACCACGCCAAUCACCUCGUGGUGCAGUGGUUCUGGAGGGUGGUGCUGUCCUUCUCCAACGAGAUGCGCUCCAGACUGCUGCAGUUCGUGACGGGCACCUCUCGUGUGCCCAUGAACGGGUUCAAGGAGCUGUACGGCUCCAACGGGCCACAACUCUUCACCAUCGAAAAGUGGGGCUCGCCGGAGAACUAUCCCAGGGCGCAUACUUGUUUCAACCGCAUCGACUUACCGCCGUAUGAGAGCUACCAGCAGCUGAGAGAGAAGCUCGUUAAAGCCAUCGAAGGGUCGCAGGGCUUCGCUGGCGUCGACUGAGAACUACAGGUCCUCGAUAUACUUAUUAGUGCCCUGCGCUUAUGAGGACAUUAUCAACGAGGGCACAUAAAAAUAUUUUAAAUUCCUAUAUUUAACGUGAAAUUCAUUCGUUAUAAAACAUUUUGUAAGGAAAGUAAGAGGUUUGAAACAUUUUAUUCAUCGUUUUUUUUAUAAAUAUAAAAUUUCACACUUGCUCUGUUUUAAAAAUAUAUAUAAAAUUAUUUGUUUCGUUUUCUUCCCUCUGUGUAGUAUAUUCGUUUUAACUGUUCCAUUAUUUGUUUAAAACUUAGUCUCAGUGUGUUUUAUUCUUACGUCCAAUAUUAAAUUAAAUAUUAUUAAUUCGAAAUUCAAAUACGAAUAGCAAAAGUCAUAUCGCAAUACUUAAUGUUAAAUGUAUUUAUUAACGGCCUUCCGUAUAAACGUUGCCUAGUGUUUGGUUAAAUAGUGUUUUGUCCCUUUCUGUCAUUAUUGAGGUGAUAAAUGUUAGAACAAGACGUCGUUUAACUAUUCACACUUGAACAACGAUUAUAGGAAGUGUUUCAAUUAAUUUAUUGUUACGAAAUUGUCAAUAAUAUAAAAAUAUGGUGCCAUUUAGAGAUGACUUAAUAUCCAAUACAAUGUCUAUAGGGUUGCUAGAUUGUAUAAUUGUAUACAAUGUGUAUAAUUAAAAUUUUAAAUUGCCUUGUGUACAUUUUGAUGAUGGUAGGAAUUCUACCAAGGCUCCCUGGGUAGGUACCAGGUUACCAGCAAUCCAUUCCACCAGAUUUAGGUAUGAAGUGCGAGUGAGCCAGUGUAAUUACAUAUAAAAAAGAUAAACUUCUAAUGUGAAUUGGUACUGCUUGUCCCCAAGCGGCUUAUUGACAUCUCCUGCCUUAUUGCUAUCAAUUAAAAAGUAUUUUUUUUAAUUAAAUAAUUAUAAGUAAUAGAGAAAAAUAUAUAUUAAAAAUGAAUUCGUAAGUUCUAUUAAUAACUCUGGCAACCCUAAGUGUGAAGAUGCAUUUAAAUAAUUGCGUAAAUCAUUUUCAAUAUUUUCAUUAUUUAUAUAUAAUUACUAAUUAUACAAAUAUUUAAUACGUUAUCGCAAUUUGAACCUUAAUAGGUCAGUUCAUAAGAGUGAUAUUAAAGUAGCCUUCAUUUAUAUUAAUGUAAACGUUAAAAUUAUACCUUAAUUCACUGUAUUAAGAUGUAUAUUUGUUUGUCCUGCUUAGCUUGUAUACCACAAUCUUAUGUGAUUUACUAUUACUAUUGAAUAUCAUAUAAAUAACUUUAUAAUUUCAUAUCAAUUACUAUUUAACAAAAAGACACGACAGACUUAAUUUAAAGAAAAAAAAAAAUCGAUAUUAUCAAAUGUUUUUGAAAUCGCUUAAACUGCUUUCGCUUAAAUAUUGCAUUCAGCUAUUUAUAUAGUGAAUAAUUAUCUCGAGUAAAAUCAAUUGCGUCAUUAAAAAUAUCUUCAAUAGACUACGAUGCAAACUGUCUAUGUACAGACUUUGAAGUAUACAGCGAUCAAAUAUAUUUGUAUAUAGAAAAUAAAAUUAUAUCUCUCAAUUGCUUAUGUAUUUCAUACCGUCUAUAUAGAACAACGAUCAAAUAUCAAAAUCAGCUCAACGUUAAACGAUCCUGUUAAUAUUUUUCUCCUGUUUCAUAGCUGAAUGCGAUGUUUUAUUUUAUUUUCGUAUUAAAAUAAAUAUUAUCUGUAUAUAGUCUAGGUUACGGUGUAAAAAAAAUUGCUAAUGUAUAAAAUGUUUAGAUUUUCAAAAGUUCCAUCUAAUGGAGGGUGAUUUGACACAGUGUCGAGCAAUUUUUUUUUUCGUAAGCUUGUAUUUAUUUAGUUUAAAACAUAUUCCGACCUUAUUUCGUCUAAGUUAUUUUAUAAUCGUUUUACUUAAAUCGCAUAGUUAGGUUAUGAAAAUAUAUUUUUUAAUAAAGAUUAUUAUUAUUAUUAAGCGAAAACUUAGUUACGGUUAUUAUUACU